AUGGAUGCAGCAGAAAAGAAGGAUGAUUCUAGUGGUUCUGAAAAGGCAAGGGUCGCCAGCCGGAAGGGUCAAGAUAGAGAUUCAAGUGGCUCGAAGCGUCGAAUGAUCAGGAAUUUAAUCGAUGAUAUGUUUCUGAGCUUUCGACAACAUAAGAAAAAACGUCCCGAGGUAAAAGAGAAGAAGAAAAAAAGCAAACCAGCUGCGAAAACGGAAAGCAAAGCAAGCAGACAGUAUCCAUCCUCCGAUGCACAAAAAGAGCAUUUCUGUAAAUUUCUUUCCGAGCUCUUCGCACUUGGCAUUGAAGGUCUCAUCCGCGAAUACCAAACCAACUUAAAGAACUACGUUCCACCAGGGACCACAAGAGUAGCAUUCAAUAGAAAUAUGGUUCGGAACCGAUACAAAGAUGUUGUAUGCAUUGAUCAAACGAGAGUGGUGCUGAAGAACGACAAACAAGACUAUAUCCAUGCAAGUUAUGUCAGAGGAGAUCCACUUGUGAACCCAUUCAUUUGUACGCAGGGACCAAUGAAGAAUACGGUGAACGAUUUUUGGAAAAUGAUGAUACAAGAAAAAGUGAGCCUUAUAUUUAUGCUGUGUAAUGUUGUCGAAGCACGCAAAAUUAAAUGUGUGCAAUAUUGGCCACCAGAGGAAGGUGAAACUAUUGAAUUCGCAGGUGUAGUGAUAAAGAACAUCUCAGUGGACGACGAAGACAGCACGCUUGUCAUGACCAAAUUAGAUGUUGAAGGAAUGCCCGAUAAAUGGGUGCCAACAAGUGUAUUCGCACCGUUUCGCAUGUUAAAAAUGGCCAGACAAUCGACAAGUCGACCAACUCCGGUGCAUUGUUCAGCCAGAAUCGGUCGUAAAGGCUGUAUUGUGGCACUUGAGCUAUGUAUACAAAUACUCCUCAUGUUGAAGCCAUUCAAUCUUAUCUGUGCGAUCAAGCAACUUCGUGCAAUGCGUAUGGGCGCCGUGCAAACAGACAUACAAUUGGUUUACGUUGCAAGAUGUCUUGUCGCUUAUGCAACGGCGUGUAGUGUCAUGGACAAUAAAUCUGAACUCAAAGAGAAGGCAACGAAAUUCGAAGAUGAAUAUAAUGCAUACUUGAAAUCAAAAGAAUCCGUCAAAGAGAAUCUUAUUGCGGACGAAGCUGUUGCCUGUCCAGAAGAGGAGAGUCCAUAUUUCCAGAAAGCAACAACACCUCAGGAACGUUAUGACCAAAAAACACCGCCAGUCCUGUCACCUCGAUCCAAUAAGACACCACCCCAACCUAGUCCCAGGAUUAAUGCGGCUUCAUUUCAGCCAGCUCCCGCCGAUCUUCCACCAUCCCAACGACGCCCUCCGUACGCUCAAAUGCAAGAUAAACCUGGAUUGAUCAAUUUAAUGGUACCUCAGCCAGCUCCCGCCGAUCUCUCACCAUCCCGACGACGCCCUCCAUACGCUCAAAUACAAGAUCGACCUGAAUUGAUCAAUGGAACAGUACCUCAGAUUGGUUUCUGGGAUAAUUUCAGACAACAUUAG